AUGGACGGCAGUAACAGCAACAGCAAUAUGGCUGGCGGCAACAGCAAUGUUGUUGAAGAUAACUCGAUAAUAUUGAGAACUUUGAAUAAGUUGACAAAGGAGAAUUAUCAAAUAUUGACCGAACAGAUCGUUGCCAAGUGCCAUGAUAUUGGCGACGUCGAGUCUGCCACCACCAUCACCAAGCACAUCUUUUCAAAGGCCAUCAAUCAGUCCAACCUCCUUCCCCACCUCACCAUCAUAUGCGCCAAGCUAUCUCCUCUCUUUUCCAACAAACUAUCAUUUUCGAUGGGUAACAUCUUCAUCGAACUGUUCAAUCUGGAAGUCACUAUAUUACAGUCCACUUUGAACGACGCACCACAUCAAUCAGGCGAUAUUGUUGACAAUAUUGCAGAGCUAAAGGCCAACGUGGUUAACGCAUCUAGGUUCUUGGCAGAGUGCUAUCGAUUCGACAUUCUGUCGGCAACCUUUUUCCGCGAUACAAUCACUUCCUUCCUGCCGAAGGACUCGUCACAGACGUCCGAGCACAAUGAGUUCACGCUGGUGCAGAUCGAAUCACUGGCGAUAAUAGUCACCAUCAUUGGACGCUCGAUCGAGACACAUCAAAAGAACGUUCGUCAGAAUCAAAAGUCCAACGCCAUCAUCAAGCAGGCGAUCGACGACGGCUUCCAACGCAUCCAGCAGCUGUCAGAGAAUCGCAACGUGCGUCCACAGACAAGAUACAUGCUCAAGAACCUCAUUGAGUUGAAGAACAACAGGUGGGUGCUGCCCGACCAUUCGCACAGUCGUCGCGAGCAGGAGACACUCCAGCGCGACAUCCUCGCAUUCGCUGAAGAUAUUGGCAACUCUGUCAACAAGUUCUUGGUGGCUCACUGCGCGACUGGCGAGUCGUCACAGCUGUUUUGGAGGAAGAUGCUACAGUCUCUAAGUGCACAAAACUACAACAUGUUUAAAGAGACCAUAGUAGUUGAGGAUAAUGGCCUGAACACUCCAUCCGCGCCUUCACUACCUCUUUCUCCAUGGCUACGCAGGUCAUCAGAUCGUACAUCAUCAUCCAUUUCUCGCAACAACAACAACAACAACAACAAUAACAACAACAAUAACAACAACAACAUUUUCACAUCAACCAAGAAUAUCUUGCAACAGAGUCUCAAUGACAUUGAAGAGUUAAUGCUCGACUAUGCAUCGGACAGCAUGGACGACGACGACUACAACAGUACACCAACAAAUUCUAAGCCAUCUCUGACUAAGAGCAUCGAUCUCAACCUGCCGACAGGUUCUGAUUCGCCCAAGAUGCUCGCUCGUUCAGAGUCCUCACCAAACAUCUGUGGCAAGACUGCAUUGUUGCUCGCAAACAACAGCACCAACAACAAUAACAACAACAACAACAUUGGAAUGGGCAACAGCAGUCUUCUUCCAAGUCCCUUCCUGCCCCCUGGCGCGUCCCAAUUCAACCUGGCGCCAUCCUUGCAGGACAAUCUGGCGGUCAUCCUGUCGAUCAUUGACAGCAAGAUAGUGGGCUGCAGGAAGAUUUGGAAGAAGAAGAUCAUGAAGAAGAUCAUCGAGAUUAAGCCUUCGCUCAAGAAGGGCAACAAGACCGAGAUCAUUGCGGCCAUCUGGCAGAACAUGUGCGACAACCAAGACGAGUACGUGUCGUAUCUUGACCUCUGCUGCACGCUGAUCACUAUGGACGAGGCGGAGCAGGAGCAGCCACAACUGCCGCCCAUCCCCACGGGAAGCCUAAAGGUCGAUGUGAACAAAAUCCUCGAGUUUGAAGGCGGCUCAUCCUCGGACGAGACAAGGACAUCCCUACAAGCGAUGGAGAUGUCUCUAGAGGUGCCAGUCAACAACAAGAAGAAGGCCCACAAUCGUCGCUCAUCAAUGGCCACCGUUCAAUCGAGCUCCACACCCAGCUCAUUGUCUCGUCCACUCGUGGCCAGACGAUCAUCAAUUGCCGUACCAUCAGAGCUUACAAGACGUGGAUCAAUGUCUGAUGACACCCCAACAAUAUGUCCACCGGCGCCCAAGCUCAAGGCAACGCCCACCCUCAAGGCCGUGUCACACAAGUCCCUAAAGGAGGUGGCAGAGUCGAUGGCGAUCGGCCAGCCAGCCGAGAAGAAGCAAAAGACCCUAACAGACACUUUCCGAGAUGUAUUGGUCACAGCCCUUCAAGAUGACCUAGCAUUGAAGAUGUUUAUAAACAAGAAGUGUCUGACAGUUUACUUCGAACUGCUUAAAGAUUUGUACAGAGAGUUCAUCAUUGAGAUACCAUUGCUGCUAAAGUGUAUAUCACUCAUUCAAAUAGGACUGUAUGAGUUGUCGGAUAAGGAGUGCAUGACAUUGUUUGAACUGGAGGAGAUGGCACAACAACAACAUGAUGCCCUAAAGAAGAUACAUCAACGCGAUUCUUUACUCUCCAGUCAGAACCAGUACUUUGAAUGGAAGACCAACACAUGGGAAGAGAGGCCACCAUCACCCCAACCUCCACCCAACAACCUCUUUGAUCUGUCAACAGAUGACGUAUUCGUUUUGUAA